UCAAUAGCCAGUUGAAUCCCCAACGAUGGUUCUUGCUGUUGGUAUUAGCUUAAGCAGUCUUUAAUUCUGGUUUGACACACUUGAUAAGGUGCUACAGGCAGAUGAUUUUUCACCAUCUACCAAAAUGUGGACCAGACACAUUGUCUUUUAUCUCCUGCUUUCACCAGCUUUUAUGAGUCAAACAACAUAUGGACAAAGAAAGAAAGAAUCAAAGUCCAACUUACUUGCAAGAAAAAAUAAUCGCCAGGACAUCGCUUGCUCCGUAGAUGUCAUCUUCAUCGUAGACAGCUCUGAAAGUGCUCAAAUUACCCUCUUUGAUAAACAGAAAGAUUUUGUGGCUAACUUGAGUGACAGGAUUUUCCAAAUGACCCCAGUUUACUACUUGAAAUAUGACAUAAAACUGGCAGCUCUGCAGUUUAGCAGCUCUGUCCAAAUUGACCCACCUUUUUCUUCUUGGAAGAAUCUACAGACUUUUAAGAAGAGGGUCAAGUCUAUGAAUUUCAUUGGACAAGGUACUUACUCAUAUUAUGCCAUCUCCAAUGCCACUAGGCUACUUAAGAAAGAAGGACGUAAAGAUGGCGUAAAAGUAGCUUUGCUGAUGACUGACGGCAUCGACCACCCAAAGAGUCCGGAUGUUCAAAGUAUUUCUGAAGACGCCAGGACUGCAGGGAUAUUAUUUAUUACCAUUGGACUUUCUACUGUAGUCAAUGAAGCCAAACUUCGUUUGAUAUCCGGGGAUUCAUCUAGUGAACCCAUUCUACUGCUGAGUGAUCCAGCCCUUGUAGAUACAAUUCAGGAUCGCCUGGAUAUCUUAUUUGAAAAGAAGUGUGAACGCAAGAUCUGUGAGUGUGAGAAGGGGGAUCCAGGCGAUCCGGGGCCCCCGGGUAACGAUGGAAACCCAGGUAUCAAAGGUGAGCGAGGACAAAAAGGAAACCCUGGUGAUGCUCAAAAAGGAGAACCUGGAGAAAGAGGCCCAGGGGGAAUUCCUGGGUACAAGGGUGAGAAGGGUGUACGUGGAGAAUGUGGUAAACCAGGAAUAAAAGGUGACAAAGGAUCCCAGGGGUCAUAUGGACCAAAAGGACCCAGAGGAGUUCAGGGCAUUAGUGGACCUCCAGGGGACCCAGGCCCGAAGGGAAUUCAAGGCAAUAAGGGUGAGCCAGGUCCUCCGGGUCCUUAUGGUCCUCCAGGAGUCCCGGGUAUGGGACAGCAAGGUAUCAAGGGAGAGAGAGGCCAGGAAGGAAGAACUGGGGCUCCAGGACCCAUUGGCAUUGGUGAGCCAGGCCAGCCAGGUCCCCGUGGUCCUCAGGGAGAACCAGGAGACAGGGGCUUACCAGGAGAUGGAUUUCCAGGACCAAAGGGUGAAAAAGGUUCUGAAGGACCAAUUGGCCCCCAAGGAUUACAAGGCUUGUCAAUCAAAGGGGACAAGGGGGAUUUGGGACCCAUGGGACCCCAAGGACCAAUGGGCAUCCCUGGACUCGGGAGUCAAGGGGAACAGGGAAUCCAAGGUCCUAUUGGUCCCCCUGGUCCACAAGGACCUCCAGGACAGGGAUUACCUGGUUCCAAGGGAGAAGUAGGCCAGAUGGGACCUCCAGGCCCUAGAGGACCAGUGGGGGUUGGAGUACAAGGCCCAAAGGGGGCGCCAGGAACAAUAGGGCUCCCAGGCCAGCCAGGAGUACCAGGAGAGGACGGAGCUGCAGGGAAGAAGGGAGAAGCAGGGCUCCCAGGAGCCAGAGGCCCAGAAGGACCACCUGGAAAAGGACAGCCUGGCCCCAAGGGAGACGAAGGAAAGAAAGGGAGCAAAGGAAAUUCGGGACAGAGGGGAUUUCCGGGGCCCGAAGGGCCAAAGGGUGAUCCAGGGGUUAUGGGCCCCUUUGGGCUGCCUGGAGCAUCAAUUCCUGGACCACCUGGGACAAAGGGAGACAGAGGAGGACCUGGGUUGCCUGGACUUAAAGGAGAUCCUGGCAUUGCUAUUCGAGGACCAAAGGGUGCCCAAGGCCCUCAAGGACCAGUGGGUGCUCCAGGACUCAAAGGCGAUGGCUAUCCUGGUGUGGCUGGACCUCGAGGAUUACCAGGACCCCCUGGACCGAUGGGCUUACGUGGAGUGGGGGACACCGGACCAAAGGGAGAGCCGGGAGUCAGAGGACCGCCAGGCCCCACUGGGCCUCGGGGCCUGGGAACCCAAGGGCCAAAGGGUAAUAUUGGGCAGAAAGGCUUGCCUGGCCCUCCUGGCAUCCCUGGCUAUGGAUCACAAGGAAUUAAGGGAGAGCAAGGACCUCAAGGCCUUCCGGGGCCAAAGGGCACGACCGGCCAUGGCUUCCCUGGCCAGAAGGGGGAGCAUGGAGACCGGGGUGAUCCAGGGAUAAAAGGCAACAAAGGGGAAAUUGGAGAGCCCGGAUCACCAGGAAAACAGGGGUUACAGGGACCAAAAGGAGACAAAGGACUUACAAAAGAAGAAAUUAUCAAACUUAUUUUUGAAAUAUGCGGUUGCGGGCCAAAAUGUGAAGAGCGUCCGUUGGAGCUGCUGUUUGUGAUUGACAGCUCAGAAAGUGUGGGGACAGCAAACUUCCUGAUCAUCAAAAAUUUUGUGAAAACCCUGAUUGACCGGGCUGCUCUGGACCUUGCCAUAGUCCGCAUAGGCAUAAUCAACUACAGCCACAAGGUGGAGAGGGUGGCCCAGCUGACGCACUUCUCCAGCAAGGACGACUUCAAGCUGGUGGUGGACAACAUGCAGUACCUGGGGGAAGGUACCUACACGGCCACAGCCCUCCAUGAAGCCAACCUCAUGUUUCAAGCCGCAAGGCCGGGUGUCAAGAAAGUGGCCUUGGUCAUCACAGAUGGGCAGGCAGAUAGCCGAGAUCAAAAGAAUCUGACAGAGGUGGUGAAGGACGCCAGGGACGCCGCUGUGGAAAUAUUUGUGAUUGGGGUGGUGAAGAAAAAUGACCCCAACUUCGAUAUGUUCUACCAAGAAAUGAAUCUAAUUGCUAACGAUAGUGGGCACGUUUAUCAGUUUGAUGACUUCAGUGCCCUUCAAGACACACUGAAGAAAAGACUGUUUGAAAAACUCUGUAGGAAUUUUGAUGACUACCUCAAUGAAGUUUUGGGUUCGUCACUACUUCAGCCUGGACUUGGCGUGUCAGGGGAAGAGCUCAGUGUUUCCACGCCAGAGCCUCAGAAGAAAAUUUCUGAGUCAGUCAACAUCCUCGGAGCCCAGGACAAAGAGAAUGAGCCUCCAGAACCUACUCGGGCUGACUGGCUGGCCACCACCCCUUCAUCUGAGGCUGCCACCACCCUGGGGCCAUUGCUCAGCAUCCGCGAGGACAAGGCAGAGGGACCAGAAACAAGAACUCCCAGUGCCAUUUUGAACUUAGAGUUGGAAGACUGGGUGCACAAAGACCAUAGGUGUUUAGAGGACCUAAAGCCCGGAAACUGCAGUGAGUACGUGGUACGGUGGUAUUACGACAAGCAGGUCAACUCCUGCGCCCGCUUUUGGUUCAGUGGCUGUAACGGCUCAGGAAACAGAUUCACCAGUGAAAAGCAGUGUCAGGAAACCUGCGUUCAAGGAUGAGCCGGCCUGUGACCCGCAUUCAAGGUCAGUGGCACACACGCACACACAAAAAAAAAGCACUCAAGGAAAAAGGUGCUGGAAGAAGAGCCAUCUUAGCAAAAAUAAUUUUGUGUUGUUUGGUUAAAUGUUUGUGAUGUAAUAUUUGAUACUCCAAAAGAAUAUAAGCAAUGUACUUGUCGGUUUAAAAAUACUAUCAUAAGGUGAACACUAGUGAAUACUUCGCACAGAGGAUGACCAAUUCCACGGGGACUUCCGGUGCGUCCCUCCACCAUCCUAGCCCCUAUCUCCUGUCAGGGAUAAUUCAUCUUGAAUUGCGUGUUUACCGUUUUGCUUUGCUAUUGUUUCUUAUAUGUAAUUUUGCAGGUAAAACCACAUCUAUCUGUAUGUAUCUCUAAACAAUACACAAUUUUGCUUAUUUUAGAAUGUUAUAAAAAUGGUACCAUAUUUGAGUCUUUUGCAACUUGCUAUUUUCAUUCAAUAUUAUAAUUA